UCCCUGUCUAUUCUCUCCACGUUUCCACACCUCAAACUCUUCCUUUUUCCAGUAAUCCUAACCUGUCCUUGUCCAUUUUCUUUUCUGUUCAAACCACAUUUAUAUCACCAUUUUCUCAAUCUAUCAUCUUCAAUUUACAUUCUCAUUUUAGUAAGAUGUGGGCUUUCUGCAUUGGAGCUUUGCUUAUCAUUACCAUCACUCAUUGGCUUUACAGAUGGAGAAAUCCCAGAUGCAAUGGUAAACUCCCUCCUGGUUCAAUGGGCUUGCCGCUUCUCGGCGAGACCCUUCAGUUCUUCACUCCCAACACUUCUUCUGAUAUUCCUCCCUUCAUCAAGAAAAGGAUGCAAAGAUACGGCCCAAUAUUCCGAACUAGUUUAGUUGGACGACCGGUCGUAAUAUCAACAGACUCUGAUCUCAAUUACUUCAUCUUCCAGCAAGAAGGACACAUGUUCCAGAGCUGGUAUCCAGAUACAUUUACAGAGAUCUUCGGACGACAGAAUGUGGGUUCAUUACAUGGGUUCAUGUACAGGUACCUUAAGAACAUGGUGCUAAAUCUCUUUGGUCCUGAAAGCCUAAGGAAAAUGCUCCCUGAAGUUGAGCAGGUAGCAUGUAGGAAAUUACAACGGUGGUCAAGCCAGGAUACAGUUGAAUUGAAAGAAGCAACUGCAAGUAUGAUAUUUGAUCUAACUGCAAAGAAGCUGAUAAGUUAUGAUCAAGACAACUCCUCAGAGAACCUAAGGGAGAACUUUGUUGCAUUUAUUCAAGGAUUAAUCUCCUUCCCUUUGGACAUUCCAGGAACAGCUUACCACAAAUGUUUACAGGGUAGACAAAGAGCGAUGAAAAUGCUGAAAAACAUGCUACAAGAAAGAAGAGAAAACCCAAGAAAGCAUCGGACUGAUUUUUACGAUUAUGUGCUAGAAGAACUUCAGAAAGAGACUACAAUCCUCACAGAGGCAAUUGCUCUGGACUUGAUGUUUGUGCUACUGUUUGCUAGCUUCGAAACAACUUCCCUAGCUUUAACUUUGGCCGUCAAAUUUCUCUCGGAUUGUCCUCUGGUGCUGAAGAAAUUAACGGAAGAGCAUGAGGCAAUUCUAAAGAAUCGACAAAAAGCUGAUUCUGGACUUACAUGGAAAGAAUACAAAUCAAUGACAUAUACAUUUCAGUUCAUAAAUGAAACAGUUAGACUGGCAAAUAUAGUUCCAGGAAUCUUCAGAAAAGCACUGACUGAUGUCCACUUUAAGGGAUAUAACAUUCCAGCAGGUUGGGCAGUUAUGGUAUGUCCCCCUGCUGUACACUUGGAUCCAGCAAAAUAUGAAGAUCCCCUGGCUUUCAAUCCAAGUAGAUGGACGGGAAUGGAGACAAACACUGCAUCUAAGCAUUUCAUGGCUUUUGGUGGUGGCAUGAGAUUCUGUGUUGGAACAGACUUUACCAAAGUGCAGAUGGCUGUAUUUCUCCAUUGCUUGGUCACAAAGUACAGGUGGCAACCUAUCAAAGGAGGCAAUAUAGUCCGAACACCUGGUUUACAAUUUCCAAACGGCUUUUAUGUUCAGAUUACAAAGAAAGAUGUAACACAUGAAUCCUCAUAAUCAAACCAGAACUAACCAGGCAGGUCGUUGAUGUGGCUAGAAGCAGAAUACCUUAAGCUCCUGACUUGGCAUC